AUGAUGAAUGGCCCUAGACCUUCGAGGUUGACAAUAAUAAACGAGAACUCGACGAAGAGGUCACGUGCUCCAAGGCCGCCGCCACCCGUGGUGGUGUAUCUCAACUCACCAAAGAUAAUUCAUGUCCGUCCGGAGGAGUUCAUGGGCCUUGUUCAGCAACUCACCGGCAAACAAUCCGCCUCUUCUGCCACCGCGGUCUCCUCUUCCUCGGCUUCUUCUUCUUCUUCUUCUACAUCUAACACUUUUGAAGUAGCGGCCUCAUCAAGAUCAUCAAUAAUAUCUUCUUCUUGUAACUUGGAUGGAUAUUAA